AUGAUAUCUACGAAAUUUUGUGAACAACUUAUGGCUCGAAGCUUUUCGUCGUUAGGUCGAACGGUUGGCACGAAUCCGUUCACAACAAUAUUAUUAUGUAUGGUGAUUUGUGUUUUGAUGUGUAUUGGAUUCAUUCGCUUCGAAGAAGUGAAUAACGUUCGUACCGAAUACUCACCGUUAAACAGUCCUAGCCGAAAGGAAUACGCUAUCGCUAAAGGGUUUCUCAAUCAGAACGGCUCACUGGAUCCAUCCUACAUAAUGAUAAAGGCGGCUGACGGUGGUUCGUUACUGCGCGAGAAGCAUCGCACUCGCCUCAUCGAGCUCAUGGGAACUCUACGCGACAACGUGACCGUUGUCGUCCGAGGUCGGAGUUACGGAUUCCGUGAACUCUGUGAGCCAUAUUGUGAGCUGAACACCGCAUUUCUUGCCUUUCUCAAACUCUACAAUUCAUCGUUGCCGUCCACUUUCACAUAUCCGCAAGUGGAUAUGUUUGGUACACAGACCUUUAUCGGUAACAACGUGUACGGUGUUACGUUUAAGAAUGGAACACAUCUUAUCGAAUCGUUCACUACGGCAAUUCUUCCACUGUUUUUGGUAAGCUCUUACGAGGACAAGGAUGUCACCUACGUAUGGGUGCUUGCCGCUCGCAAGAUGUUUUCAGAGGAGCGUUUCCAAAUCUUCAAGAGUGAAGUAACCGGUGACUCGUUGGUGUCUUCCGAAGUUCGACGUAUGGGUUUGGAGACAGCACCAAUGAUCGUUCUGUCCAUUUUUGCUAUGGUUCUAUUUGCCGUAUUAUCAUCAAGAAGGCGUGAUCCAGCACGUGCAAAGCCAUGGGAGUCACUGAUUGGGUGUCUGAUCCCGUUGCUGGCUCUACUGUGUACAACUGGAUUGUUGAGUUGGUGCGGAUGGAUGUUUCAGGCGAUCAUCGUGGCGGCGUUCUUCUUGGUGCUUUCUGUCGGCGUUGAUGAUGUUUUUAUUAUGCUAAGAGCUUGGGAUCGAACAGACGUGAACGAUGAAGUACCGAAACGCUUGGCGUUGACGUUAGAAGAAUCCGGACCAAGUAUUUUGAUUAGAAUCGUUCUUGCUGUGCUCAUGUGUGGAUACUAUUACGCUAAUGCUAUCGGCAUACUUCAAUUGCGAACCGUUAUCUCUAUCGAGAAGAUGUCUCUCCCAGAUUCGUAUCUGCAGGAGUUCCAAGUUCAGUUUGAAGCAUCGUUCAAGCUAAUGCAACCUGUUAGCGUCUUCAUAAUGAACCCAGGAGAUAUGCGUGAUCCUAGACGACUAAGAACUAUAAAGCAAAUCAUACGUGAAUUUGAAAACGCGACGUUCAGCUACGGAUCAGAGAGCACGUUUUCAUGGAUUCCGCCCUACGAGGAAUUUCUAAGCCCAAAAAAAGCCAAAUACGCUUAUCCUUUUCAGUUCUACGGUGAGACGGAAGAAUUUACAUACAAGGAGUUACCAAUAUUCCUGCAGUCGGCCACGUACUUCUACAUGUCCACAUUCGUGAAGUACAACGAGACCGCUUGCUUUGAGAACAGUCCUGAAUGUAUCACGGCGUUCUUCUUCGUGACCAACUUCCACGGACACAUCAAAUAUCACGAAUUAAUUCCUGCUGUGAAAGAUUGGCGUCGCAUAGCCGCUAAAUACCCCGACUAUCAGAUCUAUGCGUACUCGGAGCACUCGCCUUUUAUAGAUCAGACAAUGGCAAUCGACGCAACAGUAUGGGGUUCGAUGGCGACUGCGCUGUUCUGCACAGCUGUUGCAUGCUUUGUUUUCAUUCCGAGUAUGACUUGUAUUGUUACAGCAUGCUUCUCAGUGCUCUCAGUUACUCUCGGAAUACUCGGAUUGCUUAGUUUAUGGGGCGUAGACCUUGAUCCGAUAUCGAUGACAGCUCUACUAAUGGCGGUCGGUUUCUCAGUGGAUUUCACUAGUCAUAUUGCUUACCAUUUCUACAAAUCAAAGCAAAAGGAUCCCGCUUUACGAAUUGAAGAAACGUUAUUAUAUAUGGGAUGGCCAGUACUACAGGUUGGCUUCUCAACAAUCAUUGCGAUUUUACCACUUGCGCUUAAGCCAUCGUAUUUGGUGAUGGUGUUCUUCAAGACGAUUGUCACCGUCUGCUCACUUGGAAUGUUUCAUGGACUCGUGGUUAUGCCAGCAAUUCUUACAGCAAUACUGAGCAUAUCUAACCAAUGUGAGCAAUAG